CACAACACCCAAACAGUGUGCACAGCUGCUAGCUUAAACGAGCACAGUCAAAGAAAAGGCGGAGGGCCCAGUCUCAAUUCAUUUAUAUUCUUAAAGGUUGUUUUUUUUCUAUUCCCCCAUCAUAUUGUGGCACUUUGUGUCCCGUUGCCACACCGUUUCGUCCCGUGUAACCGACGUUCGGCCGCGGUCGUCUCAUGGUUUCGCCUAAAAGUGACUGAAAGCCGGACAGAGGUUGGUUGGAUGCGCGUGGCCGCCGGACGAGAGGCGCCAUGAGUGCGGAGGUGGAUGCGCUGACGGUGGUGAACCAGCUGCGGGACCUCGCCGCGGACCCGCUCAACCGCAGGGCCAUAGUGGAGGAUCACGGAUGCUUGCCGGGGCUCAUUCUGUUCCUGGACCACCCCAACCCGCAAGUGGUCUACUCUGCGCUGCUGGCCGUGCGCUACCUGGCGGAAUGUCGAGCCAACAGGGAGAAGAUGAAGGGCGAGCUGGGCAUGAUGCUGAGCUUGCAGAAUGUCAUGCAGAAGAGCGCGUCCCCCGGCGAAACCAAACUCCUGGCCUCGGAGAUCUACGAGAUCUUUCAGUCGGCCGGUAAAGAGGAAGCCGAGCAGGCCGAGGCGGCCGCCGCCUCCUGCCGCCGCAAGGCGCAGUUCUUCCUGGGUUCCAACAACAAAAGGGCCAAGACGGUGGUCCUGCACAUCGACGGACUGGACGACUCGACUCGCAGGGGCCUGUGCGAGGAGGCCUUGCUGAAGAUCCGAGGAGUCAUCAGCUUCACUUUCCAGAUGGCCGUCAAGAGAUGCGUCGUGAGGAUCCGCUCCGACCUGAAAGCCGACGCAUUGGGCACAGCCAUCAACUCCACAAAAGUGAUGAAAGCUCAACAAGUGUUGCGGACGGACGACGGAGGAGAGCUGAUCAUGCCAUUCCAGGAAGAGGGCGAGGGGUCGUCGGGCGCGGCGGCGGUGGAGGAGAACACGGACAUCCCGGACUACCUGCCCGAGGAGGAGAGCCCGUCGCAGGACCCGGACAAGGCGGUGACGCGCGUGGGCUCCGUCACCGACGGAAUGGGCUGGCUCAACACGGCCGCCAACUUCCUGACUCGCUCCUUCUAUUGGUGACCCAACGCUGGUCACAUUACCCCCCCCCCCCCCCGCCCCCCGCCUCCCUCGUUCCACACCACACACGCACACACAAACAUCGUACCACCGUGCGGGGUGGGCUUAGCCUGGACUUUCCACACACACACACACACACACAGCUUCAGUGUGUGUGUGUGUGUGUGUGUGUGUGUGUGUGUGUGUGUGUGUGUGUGUGUGUGUGUGUGUGUGUGUAUACUGAGCAUACGCUAGCUACUGUACGUCCCCCAAACUAGAGGACUUGAAAUCAGCUGACACCAAGGACCCUCGCUCCGAUAAAUUGGGAGAUGAUUUUUGUGCAUGACCUCCCCCAACCACCCCACACCCUUCAAUUCUACAAUAUUUAUCAUGGUAACAUUUUCACGCUUCGUUUUUUUUUUUUUUUUUUAAACUUUAACAUGCUUUAGUGCCAAUCUCCUCCCCAGUUCUUUUUGCGUGCCUUUUUUUUUUCUUGUGGAGAAUGCAGAACGUGGCUUUUUUUUAAUUUUUAAUUUUUUUUUUUUUUUUGCUUCUCGGUGGCCAUUUUUUGGCCUUCAGACCAUAAUAAUAAUUUAAAUAGGAACAAGCAAAUGUUUAUUCAAGAUAAUACAGUGUUUAGAUUUAGUUAGCUAAUUUAAUUUAGCCAACAACAUUUUAUUUAAUUAAUUUGUUUUGUAGUUCCAAAAAUGAAAUGAAAAAUGCAAUUUAUAUAAUACUAAUGUUUUGGGUUUUAUUUUAAUUUGAAUGUUAUGUAUUUUCUUAAAAAAAAUACAAACUCAAAAGAAAUAUUCUAUAAACAAAAAAAAAAAAACUAUCAAAUUUAUUAGAAACACAAGUUCAAUCGUCGCAUGAUUGAUUUUUGAAACUGAAACGGCCCCUGAUAGGGAAAAAAAAAAUCCCACAUUUUUGCUUUAGGGCACCGAAUGCCACACGUCGUGUUUUACAGUAUAUACAUAAUAUCAUAUGUAGAUUUUGUAAAUGGUGCUUGACCCGCACCCGAAUAAUCUUUGAAACCUUUUUUUUGUGUGUGUGUGUGUCAGUUUUUGCGCGUCCAACUCCACAAAAAAACGGGAUCUCUGUUGCCGAAAGUGCUUACUUCCCAUCCCAGGUUGACCUGUUAUCCUCCCCGGCAUGAUGUCUCUCAUAAUUAAUGUCCUGUACACAACAACGCUACGCAGUGCAGUGCUGACUAGGCCACUUGUCUCGUCUCUCGUUAGCCGAGGUCGAAAAACCGGCAGCGUGACCUAAAUCUAGCCGCCGGUGCCACUUCCUGGUUCAAGCAAUAAGAUUAUUAUUAUUUUUUUUUUUUAAACGUUGUUACAUUGAUCAGCAUUUUCUUUUUGUUUUGUUUUUAGUAUUAGUCGUCGUCGGGUGUUGCUCGGAUUGUGCUCACAUUAGGAUCCUAACGGCGGAAAUGUACAGACAGCUACAAUUGUAAUAUAUACUGUAAUACUCAUUCCCAACAAAUGACCAUAAACUUCAAAUUCAACUUUGUUGUUUUUGUGCUUUUUUUUUUUUAAAAAAUGUUUUUUCUUCAAACUAAUGUCACUUUCUUCCAACGAGAGGUGCCGUAGGGUAGUUGGGGGGAGGCAAUCCAGCGGCGCCAGACUUUGCCUGGCGCUGGUGGCCGAGCAGCAGGCGGAAGACCGAGGCCCAGCUGCGGGCCCUGGAGCGACACUGGUGGACGGUGAUGUCACUUCCUGCUGCAGCACUUCAUUAGGGUGUCCUAAAGUGAGUGCAGGAAAUUGAACUUUCCAAGGCUUUGAUCCAGCGUACACCUUCCUGUUUUUCUCCAUGAUUGCGUGGUCAAAGGCUUCCUCAACGAUGUACGCUGCCAAGUGCAGAAGCAGCACAUGCCCAUCAAAGUCAAGACGAUCCGAGACGCGAGCGCUGAGGCCUGCUCGCGGGUUGGAAGGACGUGACUCAGUCACUCACUGGAAAGGAAGGAAGGAAGGAAGGAAUCGGCACGUCGCGGCGACCGAUCGCCACCCCACACCCGGGAGGGCAGAAGACCAAAACCCAGUCGGGGGCGGGGGGUGGACGGGAAACUCUGGUGCCACUGGAUCGCUUUCCCCUGCCAGUGUCCAUCGCCGUCACGGCCGCAUCAGCUGGUCCCGCCGCGGCGAGGUCAUGUGAACAUCUGGCCCCUCCGCCGUCCUCUCUUAGAAGCCGGAAGUUUUGUUUUUUCCUCCACCUGGAUGAAAAUAUGGAGUUGCAACUGAGGAAAAAACAAAACGCAUCCCACAACGCUUCAGUGCAGUGCAUGGACGUGAAAGCGGCAGCUUGGUUCUUCUAAUGAAUAAGCGGAUGCCGAACGUCGCGGCAUCCCCGGCUAAAGGGUGUCGCAUCGCCGACAGGCUCCACAGCGGACCCGGGGGUGGGGGGCGGCCUGCGUGCGUUUCCGGGCGGCUAAAACGGCUAUCAACGUAUCAAAGCUGUUCUGAUGUGGCAUCCCC